AUGUGUUUACUAUACGUUGGCAUUGCUGCCCUGAUAUUUAGAUAUCCAACCUGCCCAUCUAAUUUUGUUAUCCCAACACUCUCCGGAACCAACGCGCAUCUGCCGCGCCUAGCUCCUGAAUUCGAGGUCGCCGGGGGACGUCGAGCCGAAAACAGCGAAAUGCUCCUACCGUUGACGCAUAGCGUCACGGCUGCAGCAGGGUCAGUUCUCGUGUCUGCCUCGGUGGCGGCAGCACAGAAUGUGGUGCCUUUUGUCAACCCGGCUGUGCCCACAGGCGUUCCAAUACCCGGCAACUACAGCGGUGCGCUCCGGCCUCGCGUGCAUUUCACGCCACCGCAGCAUUUCAUGAACGAUCCGAACGGCAUGUUCAGGGACGCAAACGGUGUGUGGCAUGUCUACUAUCAAUACAACCCGACAGGCCUGGUCGCAGGAAACCAGCAUUGGGGCCAUGCCACAAGCCAAGACCUCUAUCACUGGAACAACCAGAAAAUCGCCAUCUUCCCUCCCGAUGAGAAUAUUUUCGCAUAUUCGGGUAGCAUAGUCGUCGAUGUCAACAAUACAUCAAAACUCUUCCCCCCCGGGAAGAAGGACGGAGUUGUCGCCAUUUUAACACUGGCUCAGUACAUGGAAGACGGGACCGCUGGUCCUCAAACCCAAGCCCUAGCCUACUCGAUGGAUGGCGGGUUCACAUUCGAGUACUAUGAUAAAAACCCAGUCAUCGCAGGCACCAGCAGCCAGUUCCGGGAUCCCAAAGUCUUCUGGUACCAGCCGCCUCCGGGCUCACGGUUUAUGGAUGGUUACUGGGUCAUGGCUGUUGCCUACUCUCAGGAAUUUGCCGUCGGCAUAUACACCAGUCCCAACCUACGAGAAUGGACGCCCAGGUCAAACUUCACCAACCGGGGACUGCUGGGGACCCAAUACGAAUGCCCAGGGAUUGUCAAGAUGCCCAUAAGGGACGGCGUUGGCGGCCCGGUUGUCGGCGAAGCAUACGUCCUCGUCGUAUCGGUGCAGCCCGGUGCACCACUGGGAGGUUCCGUAACCCAGUAUUUCCCCGGCACAUUCAACGGCACACACUUUUCCUCUUUCGACCACGCUACCCGCCUCACCGACUUUGCCAAGGACAACUAUGCAGCCCAAUACUUUGAGGGCCUGCCAUCAAAUAUGAAUGCAGUCAACAUGGGAUGGGCCAGCAACUGGGCGUACGCACAGCUGACACCAACCGGUCAGCUCGAGGGCUGGCGGGGUGGCCUUACCCUGCCGCGAUCAAACUACCUGACAAAGGCCCCAAGGAUCGGCUGGACCAUGGUCGACGAACCAUAUAACCUGGCACCCGUGCUCGCUCCCGAUCCCAACGACGAAGACUGCGAGCUGGCAGAGGCCGACUCGAAAUCCCUCGAUAUGACUGCCUGGAACUCGGGGGCGUUCCUGAUCGACGUGGUUGUCACGGGCCUCGAGCUCAGAAAGCUCCAGCCCGACGCGUCUCUCAACUUUACUCUAUCAGCCCCUGGGAAUUCGACUGAGUCACUCAAGUUUGGCAUGUUCUUUGCGGGAGACAUGCCCUUCUUCAUAGACCGGAGUCGCGCCCGAAGCCUGUUUGAAGACAACGUCUUUUUCACCGACAAAUUCUCCACCGCCGACGUUUGGGAUACCAGGCCAGACUCAAGGUGGACGUUGAGGGCAAUCAUCGACAGAUCGAUAGCGGAGUUCUUUGUGGAUGAGGGGAUACACUCGGCAACUUGCUUGAUAUUUCCCAGUCAAUUGCUAUCAGUGCUGGGUGUGCAAAGCGGCGGGCUGAAUACAGGGGCAAAGGUCACCCUUUCAGUCAAGCCGCUUCAAGAUACUUGGGUGCGAAAUGUGCGGGCACCUAGCCGUUAUGACAAACGAUAA